ACUCACGUUCUCCUUUUCCUUCGUCAUCUCUUUCGAAGAAUUUUUUGUUUACAGGGUUACGCGUGGUCUUACGCUGUACUCUGGUCUUUGAAUCAUUCCGUGAUGCGCUCAUUAACUGCACUGUCUUUUCUUGUUUCGCUAUGUCCAACCUUGACUCUGGCUCUCAAGCUUCCAUUUGGUGUCCACACCGUCGACAGCGAUACUCACACUCAUGUCGCUCGACAAUCAUCUGGCAAUGUCUCAGUACCCAUUGGCAACACCCAGAAUUCAUUUUACUACAGUAACAUUACUCUCGGUGGUCGUACGAUAUCUGUAAUGUUGGAUACGGGCAGCUCCGACUUGUGGGUGACAGGUUCAGUUCCUGGGGCACAAGACACUGGGAAAUCGGUUACACUCUCGUAUGCCGUCGGACAAGCCGCAGGCAAUAUCAACACUGCUACAUUGGAGUUCGAUGGAUACACAGUUGACAAUCAGGCGUUUUUGCUGGUCACCAACACAUCCUCGUUCUCAACCAAUAUUAACGCCGAAGGCUACAAUGGCCUCAUAGGACUUGGCCCUAACUCAGGUUCAGCUAUCAGCAAAGCCAUUGGGAGCUCUACAGGCGAUAAUAUGCUUAACCGCAUAUUUCAGCAAAAUUCGUCUGCGCAAAACUAUAUAUCUUUAAUCCUGGACCGCAAGAAUGAUCCUGGCGAGCAAGUUACUGGCCAAUUUACCAUUUCAGAAGUGAUUCCGCAGUUCAGCAACAUCACUAGCAUGCCAAAAAUACCUGUCGAGACAGUAUACAAACUAACGAAUCAGGACCAGCAUUGGCAGAUUUUGGGCGACAAAGACAAGAAUGUCAUUGGACCUGACGGACAACCGAUCCAGGUUGAUUCGAUAGUACCAAAGGCUCCCAGUGGCCAACUGGUAGCCGUCUUUGACUCGGGUUACACUUUACCUCAGGUUCCCCGUGCCAUGUCAGAUGCUAUUUAUGGUCGCGUGCAGGGUGCUGAGUGGUCAGCUUCUAAUGAGGCAUGGUUGGUACCUUGCGGUCAGUUGAUUAACUUGACCUUCAACUUUGGUGGACAAUCCUACCCUAUACAUCCCUUGGACGUAUCAUCUAGCGACUUUGACGUCUCCUUCGCUAAUGGAAGCCCUGCUUGCCUUGGCACGUUUCAACCAAUCACUUCUGCCUUCAGUCUCAUCGGUGAAUAUGAUAUGAUCCUAGGCAUGGCCUUCCUACGUAAUACUUACACGCUGAUAAGUUUUGGUAACCUCAUUCAGGGUGGCCAAGACUCGAGCAACCCUUAUAUGCAACUUCUCUCACUCACCAACACCGAAGCUGCCGUGAAUGAUUUCAUUCAAGUACGGCUGAACGGGCAAAACCUAAUCAACUCAUCUCAAUAUGCACUUUUGCCGGCAUCACAAGAACAGCACUCACCAGAAAGUGCUGCAGAGAAGAAGCAGCACUACGAAGAGAUGAUACUGAGCCGCUGGCCGUACAUAUUCGUCGGCUGUCUCAUUUUCGUCAUUCUCUUGGUCGGAUGCUGCGUCUGGCGUUGCUGCCGACGCAGGAAGGCCAAGGCAGCGGCUCAGCAGAAAGCCGCUGGCCUGUUGCCUGGCGGACCAAAUAGUGCAUACGCACCAUUGCAGGACUCGCAGAGUACGGCCUCACUGGUGAUGCAACCCAUGGGUGGAUCUGCAUACGACUAUAAGAGUGACGAUACGAAGAGUGCUCAUAUGGGCCAACACCCCUGAUGGAGCUAGUCACCAGGCAUUAGGAUUAAUAUUGAUAUACCACAAGGACGAUGUAGCCGGCUACGUCGCCAAAUCUUAAUAAGCGAUCUAUACAAUGUACUUCAUCUUGCUAUCUUUGCGCAGUCCGAGUUAUACCACAAUGAUAUUGUUGAUUCGUUAUGGUCGUACUUGAAAAUGGAUGAACUCUCGUGUUAUUACCGAUAAAUCUAUAGGUAGCUAUACGGUACAUUUACGAUCAAAGAUAAGAUUGAUAUAACCCCGUUAAUAGGCAUAGGCCCGGAUGUAAAAAUACAUGUGUGCUAGAUACUCCAUUAUAUAAUUGCUGAACAACCUGAACAACGAUGUGUGUGGGUACCAAUGAAGUUAGUCUUCGCGUCUAUCAUAUUAGACGCUCCGCUCAUGCAGCUUGAAAUAAAUCAUGAAGCCAAUUCUGGAGCCCCAGAAGCUUGUUAUAGCCGCUGUCUCCCGUGAAGCCCCCAAUAACGAGAAGGAAAUGGGCGAGACCAACAGCUGCAACCAAUGAUACAACGCCACCUACGGAAACCAAGCGUUCUUGCGGUGGUUGUUGCAUCACUGGUUGCUCUAGCGAUACCUGGUCUUGGACAGUCGUUUCCAUUUUCUCUGCAGCAGGACCACGAUUUGGCCCACGGAGGCUCGCGAACAGACCAGAAUUAAGAACGAAAGCUGCGUUGGCCUCCUCUACUAUAAAACCUUUCAGUUCCUUGUUGUCACCAACGCCAGCGUUCAUGCCAUCCCUAUACCAUUCUUUGAUCUUCCUCAAGUCUCCGAUUGUCCCUGAUUUAUUACCUCCC